ACAAAGUAAUGACAAGUAAAUGCGACAGUUGUAUGUUUGUCAGAAAAGACGUCAUGGUUAUGACGUAGAGAAAAUAAGGGUUGGGGGUUUCACUCAAUAAAUAGGAGGGCAAGAAGGUUUUGAGAAUUGCUAUGAAGUGUACAGAAGUAGAAGAUUGUUUCUUAGAUGAGUGAGUUUAAGCUAUGAGUGAGAAGAGAGAGAAUCAAAUAGUCUUAGCCUUGCUUCGUUGGACAUGAUCUCUAUCAUAUUCUGCUAGUUUUUUCUUUCAAGCACAAUUUGCAGCAACUCGAUCUUUUGACUAUGAUAUAUUCAGCUUCAAGGAUGCAUCUCCACACAUAGGAUGCAUCUGGUUUCUGUUACACCACCAUGAAGGAGCAUAAUGCAAAGUACCUAGCCUUGCGAGCUUGGUGUGGAAAAGAUUGCCAUGCCUACCAGUUACGCAGAAGAGACUAUCCUUGACAUAUCACUAUUUAGGGAGCCUAAUUGGGACCCGGAUUGUUGCAUCUACAAGGUCCCCAAAAGACUUCGCAAUGUAAAGAAUGCAGCCUACACUCCAAAGCUUAUUUUAAUAGGCCCUGUUCAUCACAGCAGGGAGGAACCGGAGGACAUGAAGAUCAUGGAAACUCUGAAAAAAAGAUAUUUCAAUAUAUUCUUUUCUCGAACUAAGAAAAUCAGAGAUGAUUUUGAAAAGAUCGUCGAAAAAAACAAAGAUAAGAUCCGCCGUUGUUAUGCUGAAGAGAUCACUCUACCUGAAGGGAAAAAUUUUGUGGAUAUGAUUCUCCUGGAUUCUAUCUUUAUCAUCGAGCUUUUCUUGAGGAGUACUGAAGCUAAGGAAGAAGGAAAGGAUUAUAUACUAAGUAAACCAUGGCUAAAGGAUGGUAUAAGGCAAGACUUGAUAUUACUCGAGAAUCAGGUUCCAUUUUUUAUACUUGAUGAGUUAUAUCAACAUUUUGCUACAGGCUAUCAAGAUUCUUUUCUUACGCUUGCUUGUAAGUACUUUUUUAUCAGCGAGGAGAAAAUAUGCGAUGAGAAGAAAGUAAAACAUUUCACUGAUUUGCAUAGAUAUUUCUUCCACCCACCCAACCGGAAACCUGGAGAUCCUAUUGAACAUCGACAUAGUGCAACAAAGCUGGAUAUGGCAGGAUUGAUAUUCCAAAAUAGGAAAGAAAAAGAAAAAAAAAGAGUCAAUAGAGACUUACUUCAAGUAGCAAUCCAAAAAGGUAAUAAAUUGUUGGAAAUAUUUCCAUGUUUCAAUUGCUCAUGGCUCUUGCAGUGCUUACCAUGCUUGAAAAAAAUUCCUUUCCUGGAGAGUAUGCAAACUCGCUUGGUAAUCCCACACUUUGUGGUAGAUAACAAAACUGAAGACCUUUUUCGAAAUCUCAUGGCCCUCGAGCAGUGUCAUUAUCCAGAUAAAGCUUACAUAUGCAAUUAUAUCUUGCUAUUGGAUUUUCUUAUCAAUAGUAAAGAUGACGUGGAGUUGCUUGUUGAGGAGGGGAUUAUAGUUCACUCAUUAGGUAGCAAUAAAGCAGUUGCCGAGAUGGUUAACAAACUUGGCCAAGAAAUUGUGGAAGAAAAAUCCUAUUACCAUGAUGUUGCUGAAGAUCUUAAUAAGUACUACCGCAACUGGUGGAAUAAAAAUAUGGAAUCCUUGAAAACUGUUUAUUUUCGAGAUAUUUGGAGAGGAACGGCAACUGUUGUUGGGAUCAUAGUCCUUGUGGUAACUGUCAUGAAUUUCCUUAGGCCUUUUGUGUUCAGGCAUAUUUAAGUUUUGUUUCUGAAAUAUUAUCAUAUUAGUUGGAAGUUUGGCAUUGCAAGUGUUGACUUUAAAAUUGUCAAUAAAUUUUGUUUGUGUUAUUAUUUCCUUUCUAAAAAGUUCUACUUUUGUA